AUGAAGUUCAUUUUAACCGUCGUGCUCCUCCUCCUCGCCCCACUUGCCCCACUCACAGUCUCUGCCGACGGAGACGCCACUAGCGAACAGUGCAGCGAUUGCACUACCACAACGCCACAGUGUCCCCCUGGAUGGAGCUCAAGUCUAUCGUUCCCGAACAACCAGCCACCUGGCGCACACGCUGUUGUCAACGUUGAUUAUUACCGCAGCAUCAAAGGAAAGGUGGUUGGGUACAAGCUCCAGAGUCCAAACCGUGACUCUGAUCAAGCACAAGACGAUUCGCUGACGAUAAUCCCUCACCGCAAGUUCUUCUUCCUUCUCCAGGAAAAUGCCCAUACCUCGCACAGUGUGCAGGCUGCUUUUAUCUGUCAAGGGCGUUCUUCCAUUCGCUCUCCACCUCUUCCUGAUUAUCUUUUCCUUUAUUGCGGUUCUAUUCCUUAUCGACCCGCAAGCGCAACGCGCGCAGCAGCUGCGUGGUGGGCUGGCAAACUUCUCUGGCGCUGUGCUUUCAUGUUUAUGGAGAAAAGUGAAAUCACCUUGGCUGGUUUUUCAAAGGUCAUCUCAGGUGGAAUAACGGCGAUGCUAUCACCCAGUCAUGUUUCGAGCCGAAGGAACUGGUUGCUCGUAUACGCCAUCAUUUUUAUCUGUUUUGUGAUGGAUUAUUUCUCUGCCAUCUUGACGGGAUCCAUUACGUGGAAACCUGCGUUUACUUUGGUAGACGGGGUCGUGCCACUUACGAAUCUCACAGAGGGGAUUCCUGGGUUGGAUAUUUCGUUUUAUCGGAAUCAACAACUGUUAGCUUUACAAGUCAUCGAACUUGCGGCUUCUUUGGCCGUGGUUUCGUGGGGGGUCACCAAUACGAAUUCAUCAAAUCUCCCACUGCCAUCCAACCUCACCCGACGCGCUAUCGUACAAGCAGCAAACUUGCACCUUCCGCCCAACUCUACACUAGAGACGAUUCUACUUCCUUACUUCACGGUGGAAAACUUUGAAUACAUCACAGAUCCCGCAUCGACUCUUUCGUCGCAACAGUGGUCCUUGCUCAAUGAUUCUAGCCCUUACAAUCCUUACCUUCUGGGGGAGGGAUUCGCCGCGCUUUUUCCCGACGGUAGCUGGGGCCCAGGUUCUAGUACCACCUUACCGUCUCCCGUAAAUAUUACAGAAUCCCGACUUCUUGGCAUCCAAGUCGAGACCCCUUUCGUCCCAGGUUGUACUCCUCUUGCCAAUUCCAUGGUGCCACAGAAUAUCACUCCCUAUCUCACUUCCAUCAUCAAUGCCCCCUCUUACUCAUGCUUCAUAUUCGCAAAUAUGACCUAUACAGCAAGCGCCGCGCUCUGCCGAGACUGCGAGAUCGUUUCUCCUACCGUUGUUCAGGGUCAUGUGGGUCGUGUUGAUCCCAUUUCGGAUCCUCUAACCAUUGAGGCCUUGGCGAUAACACCCUCAGUCGGGACACGCAUACUUUUCAGCAUCUAUGCCGAUCCUGUUCCCGGCGACUCUUCUACCUACCAAGACAUUGCCAUUGAGUUUGUUUCGCGAUCAUAUCAAUCUGCAUGGUCAUCACUUGCAACCGUACUUGGUGAUGUUGCUCAGCAUAACCAGACAAGUGUCUUGAUCGCCGUCUCCGCUUCUCGCCCUAGUGUCCUUCGAUGGAGGGUGUAUUUCUGGGCUGGUUUGCACCUCGCGGUUCUACUUGGCGGUAUCGCCUUCGUUUAUUUUCAGAGCCGUUUCCACCACCCAUGGAUUUCGCAUCCUAUGACGGCAGCUUUCCUGCUUGACACGACGGGAAUUUUUAAGGAAGGUGGAGCGGCCAACGCGAUGGAUCCAUGGAACCCGGAUGCGAAGUAUCCGCCUGGAAAACUCAAGUUGAAUGAUUAUGACCCUACUCGACCUGGGCAAGCUAGAACUGUGGUAUUGGUGCCAACGGCAAACACACCCCCUUCGAGUCCCAAACUAACUGGCGGGGACUCGGAGUCUGAUGUGCUCCUCACACAAUUCGCGUAA